AUGGCCACGGAUCUAGGAGAGCUUCUGGUCCCCUACAUGCCCACUAUCAGGGUCCCCAAAACUGGAGACAGGGUUUUCAAGAGCGAGUGUGCCUUUUCCUUCGACUCCCCCGAGUCUGAGGGCGGUCUCUAUGUGUGUAUGAACACAUUCCUGGGGUUCGGACGAGAACAUGUGGAGCGACAUUAUCGCAAAACAGGACAGAGUGUCUACAUGCACCUCAAGAGACACGUCAAAGAAAAAUCCACAGGAGCAGCUGGAGGUGCCAUUCCUAGACGAAAAAAUGGAAAAGUCUUUCUAGAUUUAGAACUAAACCGUGAUUUUAACGGAGAGGACUAUGAAUAUGAAGAUGAGGCCAAACUUGUCAUUUUCCCAGACCACUUCGAAAUCCCUUUACCAAAUAUUGAGGAGUUGCCCGCUCUGGUAACAAUUGCCUGCGACGCAGUGCUCAAUGCACCCUCACCGUACAAGAAACAGGAACCUGAGUCUUGGGAGGAGGAUAUCCAAGUGUCCAAACACGCCAGGAGCCUCAGGCAGCUGGACAAUGGGGUCAAAAUCCCACCCAGUGGGUGGAAAUGUCAAAGGUGCGAGAUGAAAGAAAACUUGUGGCUGAACCUGACAGAUGGAGCCAUUUUCUGUGGAAAGUGGUUUUUUGACGGCAGUGGAGGGAAUGGGCAUGCGCUGGACCACUACAAACAGACCAAUCAUCCCCUGGCAGUCAAACUGGACACCAUCAACCCCGAUGGAGCAGAUGUCUAUUCCUUUGAUGAGGAGGAAGCCGUGUUGGAUCCACAGAUAUCAGAACAUUUGUCACAUUUUGGGAUUGAUAUGCUUCAAAUGCAGCAAAGAACAGAAAAUGGUCAUCACACAGAUAACAACGCCAGGCCAAGGGUUAGUGAAUGGGAGGUGAUUCAGGAAUCAGGAAUGAAGCUAAAGGCGGUCUAUGGUCCAGGUUACACAGGCGUCAAAAACCUGGGCAACAGCUGCUACAUGGGCACAGUGCUACAGGUCCUCUUCAGCAUCCCAGACUUUCAGAGAAUGUAUGUGGGGAAUCUCCAGAGAAUAUUUGACUAUUCACCUCUUGAUCCCACUCAAGACUUUGCCACACAAAUGGCUAAGCUGGGACAUGGGCUCCUCUCAGGCCAACACUCCAAACCACCAAUGAAAUCUGAGCUCAUUGAACAGGUGAUGAAAGAAGAAUACAAGUUACAACAAAAAGGUAUUUCUCCUCGGAUGCUUAAGUCCAUGGUCAGUAGAGGUCACCCAGAGUUCUCCUCCAACAGACAACAGGAUGCACAUGAGUUCUUUCUGCACCUUAUCAAAUUUAUUGAGGUCAGUGAAGCUGUAGACUAA